CGUAAAAGGCCAAUAUACGCGUAAUGUUGGGCGGCAAUGACCCUUCGACUCUUGUUUUGGACGUGCUAGUUUAAGUAUGAACGCAUAUUCAGACUAGCAGUCAUUCCGUAAACUCUGUAAAGUUGUUACAGUAAUAGUGUAACAUUUCGGAAAGCUUGUCUUAGCCUCAGUUCUUAAGCUAAAGCCGAGGUGGAGCAACCUAAACAAGGUAGCUCGUUGCUACUAACGUUAAGCUGAAAUAACAUUACAGGGUUUUAAUUUGUGCGAACGCCUCUCUGGGAAAGUCAACAUGUCAGCCCUGCAAAACGAGUCAAGGAAACGGAGUAAGAAGCGGUACCACACCGGACACCACACCAAGCGGUGGAAGGGCUCACGGGAGCUGGAGGUGGGAAUGCAGGGAAUCCUCAUCACAUGCAACAUGAACGAAAGGAAGUGCACCGCGGAGGCCUUCAAUCUGCUUAAUGAAUACGCCGAGGAACUGUAUGGGCCCGAGAAGUUGCAGGAUAAUAAUGGGAGCAGCAGUGAAGACGAAGAAGCUGAAGAAGAUGUUGAUGUGGCGCUGGAAAAGGAAGUGGCACAGCUGAAAGCAUCUGGGACUAAACAGGAGAGGCGCUUCCAGGCUUUAAACAGUGGGGCAAACAAUGUCAUCUUCAUCAGAACCAAAAAUCUGGAAUCUGACAAGCUGGUUCAUCACAUCCUGUCUGAUCUCCAUGCUACCAAGAAGAAAAAGUCCCGUGUCAUCCUUCGGAUGCUACCGGUAACUGGAACAUGCAAGGCCCAUCAGGAUGAUAUGAUGAAGUACCUGACUACUUUCCUGGAGCCUUGGUUCAAAACCCCAAAUUGCGCUACCUACCAGAUCGCCUUCAAGGCACGCAACAGCAGCCACAACAACAGAGACGAAAUCAUCAAAUCAAUUGCAGGUCUUGUGGGGAAGCUGAACCCUAAAAACAAAGUGGAUUUGACUAAUCCAGAACUGACAAUCAUUGUGGAGGUUAUCAAGGCUGUGUGUUGCAUCAGUGUGGUAAAAGACUAUACUCUGUAUAGAAAGUACAAUGUUCAGGAAGUAGUAAAAGAGGACACACCAAAGCCUGAUGUGACCACAGCAAAAACAAAUACAAACACGACCGAUCAGAACGAGAAAUCGGAAACGAAGCAAGAAGAGGGGAAAGGUGAAGAGGAAAAUGAUGAAGUGCAGGAGGAAAAUAAGGAGAUCAGUGAGGGUGAAUAGGGGCUCAGAUUUAAAGAAACAUUGGUAAGUUAGAUUACGAAUUUCUGAAAGACAUUAAGUUGCGUUAUAUUGUAGUGGCUGUUUUAAAGCUCAUAGCAAGUAUUACUUUUUUUUUCUUGACUGAUAAUAUUAUUUGAACUAAUAAGACAGGCAGGAUUUGAAUAUUAAUUUAAAAAAAUCUGUAAUACCAACAUCAUGGAGCUGUUCAUUGUACAUAGCAGUGAUUUUGAAUUGACUGUGCAUACACACAUUCUGCAGCAAAAUUUCCACCAGCUCCAUUUUUAAAGUGCUGAACUUAGUUUCUAAUUUUAAUGUAGUUUUAUUUUAAAGAAAACAGUUGGGGUCAGGUCAGCUUAUGUGUCACAUGAAAUAAUACACUUUUUUGUAAGAAAUGUUAUUUCUUAAAGCCAUGCCUAAAUUAAAGCCACCUGUGUUUUUGCC